CUAGAAGAAAAUAAAGAGGAGCUAUUUAUCCGGGAGUGAGAAAAGAAAGAAGAAAAAAGAGGAAGAUGAGAGAAAAAAGCAAGACAGCGGACUAUUCAAAGGUCUGUUUAUUUAGGGUGAAGGACACCCCCCUGGACGUGCUGGAUAAGGGGACCACAGAGCAGUGUCCUCAGUCCUGCUUCUCCUCCAGCGCUGAGAGGAAGAUGAUCCGCCUGCUGGUUCUGGUGCUGGUUUGUGGAGCUCUGCUUAUCUCCACAGAGGCCCAGCAAGACUACCAUGGUCUUGCUGAUCACUUCAAGGAGGCCAUUAAACACGCAGUCAAAAAAGUUCAUCAAAGUACCAGUCAUCACAUGAAUUUCUAUACCCAAUGGAAAGAUCCAAAGAUCAGGAGUGACUAUAUUGACAUUGAGAUUCUCUUGAGAGCAACAAACUGUGCAAAGUCAGCUGAACCAGAUCAUCGGGAUGACUGCGUGUUUAUGACCAACAGGCCAUUUAUUAACUGUAGAGUUUGCAGCACACGGUCUGGUAAUGAUCUUACGGAUCCAUCAAUUGACUGUGCACCACAAAAGAGAGUGGAUUAUGGAAAAAGACAGAAAAUGUGUGAACGUAUCACUGGAGAAAAUUGUCUCAUGUGCGUGACAGACUUAAAACCUGAAAUCGACUGUCCGGGCUGUUUCUGAUAGCUGAUGGCCCUGCAGUGUCCCAAGAGGAGAAAACCAGAAGGGAAAAUGCGUUAUAAUAUGACUGUAAUCAGGAUGUAAUACAACAUUUAAAUUUUUCUGAUGCAAUUCCAGUUAACCAGAUGAACUACAGUACUUAACACCAUUUCUACUCUGUCCUGAAUCGGUCUCGGACUGUAGCGUCCAUGGUUUGGACUUGUAAUUAUAGAGCGAGACACAAGUGACAAACUUUCUCAUUUCUACUACCUUUCUCAAAAUAAUAACACACAUUAAUAAAAUGCAAUUAAUAAAAUAAAAUGCAUCUAUUAUUCUCCUUCUUUGUAUUAGCUGUAUACUGAUUUAUUUUAUUUUGUCUGAACAGAAGAAUCCUGUGGCUUAAGCUGUAGAGGGUGGGGGUGAGCCCCCUCAGUGACCUGUACCUGAUCAUCAAAAUAACAUAAAAGAAUCUUCCAUGUC